AUGGCAAGUGUACUACUGCGCGCGCUCGGACCGGAAUCUCUCCAGCUCCGAGCCUACUGGACCAACUUCCCUCGCCCCGUCGAGACCUUUGACGAGGCUGGUUUCCCUCAAUACGUCCUUAGCCAGGUCAAGGACCAGGGCUUCCACCGUCCCACCGUUAUCCAGCCUCAAGGUUGGCCUAUGGCCCUCUAUGGUUAUGACUUUGUCGGUAUCGCUGAGACGGAUUCCGGAAAGACCCUGACCAACUGUCUUUCCGCCAUCGUUCACAUCAACGCCCAGCCCUCUAUCGCCCUCGGUGACGGCCCCAUUGGGAACAGCACUCGCGACUGCGAUUUGGAUGAUAUCUCUACUUUUUAUCCCAGCAUUCAUCGGACUACACUUCAUUGCAGGACGGCAGACAAUGUGGCCCAUUCAUCCCGAUGUCCAUGGGAUGAACUUCUCGCAGGGCCUGGCCUUUCCGCGUUCGAUAGUGCCGCGAGUUCUGGAACAUACAGGCCUGAUAACCGACUGGUUGGUUGA